AUGGCGUCCGCAAUAGAGAAAGAGCGCGGCAGUAACGACAUUAGCGACGAGAAACUCGAGGCGCAGAAUCGCGAAUAUCUGAACGCUGUCCAGACGAGUCCAAAUGAUCCUAUACCUGAUCCUGACGCCGGCUUGAGCGCGGAGGAAAGGGCUACUAUUGACCGCAAACUCCUCUGGAAACUCGACUGGAACCUCAUACCAUGGCUUUCGUUCUUAUAUCUCAUAUCGUUCCUGGAUCGGACAAAUAUUGGAAACGCGAAAAUCGACGGCCUGCAAGAAGACCUCCACAUGACCAACGGCCAAUACAACGCCACCCUCUCCAUCUUCUUUGUCUCAUACUCAGUUUUCGAGCCCCUCACCAAUGUCCUGCUCAAGAAGUUGCGACCAAGUAUAUUCCUUCCCAUCAUCAUGGUUUUAUGGGGGAUUUGUAUGACGACCAUGGGGCUAGUGCAUAACUACGCCGGCUUGAUGACAGCUCGCUGGUUCCUCGGUAUGGCCGAAGCGGGUCUUUUUCCUGGAGUCAACUACUAUCUGUCCUGUUGGUAUAAACGAUCCGAAUUUGGUAUCCGCGCUGCUCUCUUCUUCUCCGCGGCUGCACUUGCGGGCUCCUUCGGUGGUCUGCUUGCCGCAGGCAUCGCCCAGAUGGGUGGCGUAGGAGGAAAGCCAGGCUGGGCAUGGAUUUUUAUCCUCGAAGGUCUCGCCACAAUCUUCGUCGGCGUCGCCUCCUACUGGAUGGUCCACGACUUUCCUGACGAGGCGAAAUUCUUGUCCGACGACGACCGCAACCGCGUCCUGCGCCGCCUGCGCUCCGACCAGCAAGCCUCCGCCUCCCAUGAAUCCUUUAAGAUGAAGUACUUCUGGGCCUCCGUCGGCGACUACAAAACUUGGUGCUACGCCGUCAUCUACAUGGGCGCCGACGGCGCACUGUACGCCUUCUCCCUCUUCCUUCCUACUAUCAUCCGCCAGCUCUACCCGCAGUAUUCCUCUACUGUCUCGAAUCUGCUUUCCGUCCCGCCAUACGCGGCAGGUGCGAUCGUCACCAUUGCGGUUGGAUACAUCGCGGACCGUACCCGUCAACGCGGUCUCUGCAAUAUCUUGGUCUCGCUGAUCGGCAUUGUGGGAUUCUGCAUGCUACUCGGGUCCUCCAGCCCGUCGGUAAACUACGCAGGCACUUUUCUUGGUGCCAUGGGAAUCUACCCGUGUAUCGCGAACACCAUCUCCUGGGCGAGCAACAACGUCGAGGGCGUGUACAAGCGCGGUGUUUCGCUCGGCUUUAUCAUCGGCUGGGGUAACCUCAACGGUGUGGUGUCGUCGAAUAUCUAUCGGACGAGAGAUAGCCCGAGGUUUUUCGUAGGCCACGGUGUUGUGCUGGCGUAUCUUGUGCUGUGGCUGUUUUGCGGGAGUGUGGUCACGAGGUUUUUGCUGGCGAGGGAAAAUAAGAAGAGGGCGAGGGGUGAGCGUGAUGGGUUGGUCGAAGGGAAGAGCGAGGAUCAGUUGCAUGAUUUGGGUGAUAAGAGGCCGGAUUUCAUGUACACGCUUUGA